AUGAUACAACCACCUAGUACCCCUCAACAUAAAUUGACAAGGGAAUGCAACACAAUGCCUUUCCCGGAGUUCAAGUUUGGAUUCAAUUCGAAGUUCCAAUUUCCAAUACAAAAUAAAACAACAGAAAGUCCUUGUAAAUCUCACUCUGAGGUGUUCAGAAAUCAAACAUUGCCACUUCAGAUUAAUGUUCCAAGUGUAGAAGAAAUAUACUUGGAGGAUGAUCUAACAUUUUCUAGCCACAUUUCGAUACCCUUAAUUCGCGCUCAACAGGAUGAUGAAUACGAAGAGAAUGGCUGUACUUUAAAUGACGAGUCCGAAGAAAAUAGCGAAAGCUGCGAAGAUGACAGCAUCACCAGUAGUAUCCUUUCUUCUCGUUCUGACUUUGAAUCAUCCACGCCAUCCUCUUCUCCUAUUUUGGGAACAGACUUCCUUAAACCUGCAAUUCCAGAUGAAAUUUUCAAGAAUACUACUGCAUUCAAUGCUGAUUCAUUGUUCAAGUCUCCAGCGUCAAAUAAGAUGAGGUUUAAACCAAACAGAUCGUUGAAACCCAAGAAAGCUAUUCUGAAGAGAACCAACGGAUUGAACUAUAUUAUGAAUUCGUUGAAUGGCAACUUCAAGGAUGCGACAAUAUUUGCUACCGAAGUAAAUUCGUAUUUAUCCGAAAAUGUACCAUACCCAACUUGCCCUUUGGAAAGAGUCACAAUACCAGUAAAUUCUGAAAUCAAAAGGAAAUACAAAGAAGAGAGAAACGAGCUGUUAGGAGGUUAUUACAAUUCAAGCGACGAUGAAUGCGACCAAAACUCCCCUUCCUUCCUACAAGAAGAAGCAACCGAAUCAUCUUCUAAUACUAAUAAGACUAAAAUCGGCUCCGAUGCAGCUGUGAUACGAGCAUACGAGUUUACCUUCGGUAGCCCUACUUCCUCAACUAGUUCAGAAAAGGAUAGUGACAGGCUCACUUUAAAACUGGGAAUUGACCCUUCAAAUCAAGUAAUGAACGUGAAAAAAGACUCCGGAAAAGAGAAACGACUAAGAUGGUGCGAUUCUAUUGAAUGGUAG